UUUGAAUGUUUGUUUGAAUUUUAUAUUGUGAAGAAAUAUAUUAGUUUAUUGCGAGUAAAUAUGGAUUACGAAGAAAAAUGUGAACUGAUUAAAAGCAUAUGGCAAUGCAUUGGUGAGGCUGCGGAAUUAGACUCUGACGACAGCGAUAAAGAAGAAAUACUUUUAGGAUUAGCGAAUUUGGGCGAGAAAGUUUCAUCGUUGCCUAUCAAGAGGUCAAAGCGGCAAUGGAUAAAAGAACGGCGAAAAAAGAAAUGCGAUCACGGCUCGCUCGCUUUUUUAAGCAAAGAGUUGCUGGUGCACGAUGAGCAGAGCUAUAAAAAUUUUCUACGGAUAUCAGAUGCUCAAUUUCAUUACUUGCUAUCGCUAAUUGCAGAUGAUAUUCAACGUUCUGAUACUUCAAUGAGAAACGCGAUUCCUGCAGCAGAAAAAUUGGCAGUGACGCUGCGGUUUCUCAGCACUGGGGAGUCUUACGUCAGUUUGGAUAACCAUACGCGAAUAUCCAAAUCCUCAAUUUGCAAGAUAGUUCCCGAGGUAUGCAGUGCGUUGUUUAACAAAUUAAAAUCGUCAUAUUUAAAGUUUCCGAGCAGCAAAUCCGAAUGGGAGGCUAUAGCAACAGAAUUCGCGUUUAAGUGGCAAUUCCCCAAUUGCAUUGGCGCAUUAGAUGGAAAGCAUAUAACUUUCCGUCCCUCACGCACUGACAGAGCUUUUUACUAUAAUUACAAAGGCACUAACAGCAUAAUUUUAUUAGCCCUGGUGGAUGCUAAUUGUAAAUUUAUUUUCGUUGACGUGGGUUGCAACGGUCGCAGUAAUGAUGCUGGAGUUUUUCUACAAAGCAAGCUAAGUACUGUUCUUCAAGAUGAGAAAGAAAUACCAAAAGCAACUUUAAUUGGAAACAAUCGAAGCGUUCCGUAUGUUGUAGUCGGGGACGAUGCAUUUCCUCUGCAGGUGCAUUUAAUGAAGCCAUAUCCUUACCACACACAAUGUCAAGAAAAACAAAUUUUCAAUCGAAGACUCUCCCGGGCAAGGCAUGUAGUGGAACAUGCAUUUGGAAUUUUGUCGAACCGAUUUCGCGUUUUUCUUGCUCCUAUAAAUCUAGAUGUGGCCACUGUAGAGAAAAUUGUAUUAACGUGCUGUACUUUACAUAAUUAUCUAAUUGAAAAUGGCGCAACAUACACUGAUGGUAGCGGAAAUGUAGAAACUGUAAACAAUAACUGCCCAACUGGAUCGAAUAUAUUAUAUAAUCAGAGAAAAGGUGAAGCGGAGAAUGUUCGUCAAAAAUUUCUUAAAUAUUUCAAUGAAGAAGGCAAACUGGGUUGGUUAAAUAAUAAAUAAUUUCUUUUAUUUUUA